UUGGGUGCAAAAAAUUUUUUUAAUCCAUGCACAGUUUUUUCAUAAUGCACAUUUUCCAUGAGCUUUCUGAGGGUUCCUCAUAUCUCUAAAAUGUAGUGAAGACUUUUUCCUCUUUAAAGGAAUCAGGGCCUGGGAACUGCACGCUAGUGAAGACUGGUGAAUUCCACCACUGUGCUGCCUGCACUCUGCCUGGAGUGCUGGCCCUGCCUGCGGCCCUCGCACCCUCGUGCCACCUGGGGAAGCUGGCUCCCCGGAGGACAUGUGGGCCAGGAAGCAGCUGGCCUUCCCACCCAGAGGACAGUCGGAGGCUGGCCAACCUGCUUUCUCUCUGGACAAAUCCUGGCUCCCAAGGGGUCGCUUGAAAGCCCCAGGCUGGCCCUUCCGCCUGGUAGUUGAGCUGCUGGUCCGAUGCCCCGCCUCGUGUACCGUUCAGGUGCGUUUUGUACAUCCACGAUGUUGUGCAGCUGUCACCCGCAUCUUCCAAACACUUUCACCACCCCAGGAGGAGUCCCCACCCGCCACCAAGCGGGCCCAGGCCACCAGGAGAUGCCUGCUGCACGUGCCCUACGGAGAUGGUGACGGGGAGAAGGUGGACAUCUAUUUCCCUGACAAGGCCUCUGAAGCUUUGCCUUUCUUCGUGUUCUUCCAUGGAGGGUACUGGCAGAGUGGGAGUAAGGAUGAGUCUGCGUUCAUGGUCAACCCACUGACCGCACGGGGCGUGGCUGUGGUGAUAGUGGCUUAUGACAUCGCCCCCAAAGGCACCCUGGACCAGAUGGUAGACCAGGCGACCCGGAGCGUGGCCUUCGUCCAGAAGCAGUACCCGUGCAAUGAGGGGAUUUACCUGUGUGGACACUCAGCGGGCGCCCAGCUGGCUGCCAUGAUGCUCCUGGCCGACUGGACCAAGCUCGGAGUCACGCCCAAGCUCAGAGGCUGUUUUCUGGUGAGCGGAGUCUACGACCUGGAGCCCGUCAUGCACACCUCUCAGAACACCCCUCUCCACAUGACGCUGGAGGACGCUCGGAGGAACAGCCCGCAGCUGCACCUGAGGCGGCCCGCAGACGCGGCCUGCCCGGUGCUGCUGGUCGUGGGCCAGCACGACUCUCCUGAGUUCCGCCGGCAGUCCAGGGCGUUCCAUCAGGCACUGUGCAGGACCGGGUGGAGAGCCUCCUUUGAAGAACUCCACGAUGUGGACCAUUUUGAGAUCGUUGAGAAUCUAACCCAGGAGGACGACGUGCUCACCCAGAUGAUCCUGAGAACAGUCUUCCCGAAUUCUGAGGACGGACACCCGGCCCCUAGUGCUCGCACACCCAAACCACAGUGCCUCUGCAGAGAGCCUUCAGAGCUGAAGCCGACAGUUUCUGCUCUCCCCGGCACCCAGCAGAGCCUCAACCGCUUGUCUCCGGAAGGUCCACCUCCCCUGCCCUGAGCACUGAUGGCAGUGCCUACUACGCUCUCCCUCUUCCCUGCUUGUCACCAGCCCCCGGUCAGCCUGGGCAGGUCCCCCGAGUUGCCUCAGCCCUCUGCCUGUCAGGACAUGACAAAAUGGCUUACCUCCAGGGCCCUGCCUCUAGCUAAGAAUGGUUUUCUGUAUACGGUUUUAUUGCCAAAGAGCAUGUGUACUCCCCAGAGCAAGACAGAGAGUCAGGGAGAGAGAAAGCACCCCUGCUGAGGCGUG